UUUGCAAGGAGCGACUGGAAGCACCGCCUGAUGGAUCCCCAGAAGGAGGCAAGCGAUGGAGGCCCAGAUUCAGACAAUGAAGACAUUGAAAAAGGACAUUCACCUCCACCAACUAAUAAUCCAUCAAGGACACUAGAAAGUAGCAUGACAAAUCUACAACAUGACAGCAGCACUGAAAUGGAAGCAGAGGAGACCACAGAAGAGCCAGCUAUGGCCGCAGGUCCUAAAGAAGAUCUUCCAGAAGGAGUUAAAAGUCAAGCUUCCACAUCUUCAGUUAGGUCUAACAAAGACAGCCAAGAGGAAAAGACUGAUGGCUACCCAGAGCCGGGAUCAGAUGUUAUCUCCUCUGUAGGAAUAACUGAGUUAUCUUCCCUUCAAACCACUGAAACAUCAUCAUUAAGCACAGCAGGAUUCAAGGGUCUUCCAAGAAUACUGGGUGGAGUUAGAAGAGAAAGCACUGCCAUAUCUGAGUUAAGCAGGGAGGCAUUGGAUACCAUUGCUGAUGAUAUGCAUCAGGAACCCUUGGAAAGAGCCGUCUCAGUGCAGACAGAGGCAAGCUGGCUGUAUGAACAUGUCUUCAAGAAAAGUAUUUCAAAGGACAGAAGAAAGAUUCCUCGCCAGAAAGAUAUCUAUGCUGUCAUGUCACAAGACCUCAGCAGCUUAGACGUUUUGUGUGACACAGAGUUUAAAGACGACUUCUUAAAGCUCUUUAAAGAAUCACUGCGUACAUUGUCCAGUGUUGGGCCACCAACUAUCCUAGCCUACAGACCAGAAUCAUCAAGAGAAGGCGUUUUUAUAGAGGUUGAAAAGAGCCAUCCAGAAAAUUGUGAGUUCUGUGGCAGUCCACUGAGGAACUAUCCUUCCUUUGAAAGUCUAGAACAAAUAGCAGCGUAUGGAUAUCUUUUCUGUUGCCAGAAGUGUAGAGAGCUUCACGAGUUCAUUGUCAAUGAAAAACAGCAGUAUAUAAAGAGUGGAUUCCAAUGUAUAGACAUCACAGGCAAUCAAGCCCAAGGGAGUGAAUCUGAAAGACAGCUGGCUAGGGAAAGAGCCCGGCAAAGGCUGAAAGAGAGACAAUUGGCAAAACAGCUGGCCUACUUGGCAAAGGAGCAAGAGAGGGAGAUUACACAUCCAGUACACACCCUUGAACGCGUAGACAAUAAACAACUUAGAACAAUUUCCUACACCAUGUCUCAAGAGUCACUCUGGACAAGGAUUCCGCUCCAAUUAUCUGAAAAAAGAGGGAAUCAAGAUGUGAGCUACAAUAUCUCUUACUGUGAUAUCACCAUUGCUGGUUUAAAGUUAGUGAAAAACCAGUUCUUACAACAAUACUACAAAAAUGGUGUGAAGUUUCUUACCAUGUUUCCAGAUGGCACAGCUCAAAUCUUCUAUCCAUCUGGAAAUCUGGCAAUAAUUGUUGUACAAAAGAAUGAGAAUGCAGGCUACAUUUGUAUAGUCCAAGAAGACAAGCCUGAGAAUCCAGAAAUUCAAGGAGUGUUUGAUUCCUGUGGCAGUGGGACUUGCUAUCAUCCAAAUGGAAUUGUGUGGAUUAAUAUAACAAUUCAAGGAGGCCAUUAUUCAGAUCAAGCAGGCAACAAAGUGAAAAUGUGGAUCUGGCCAAACAAUUUGCAGAAAAGCAGUCCCAGGGUACCAUUUAAACCUGUCUUUCUCUCCUUGAACCUGAACGUUGGUGUGAGAAUACUAGCACAAGACAAAAUAGCCAUUUCUUUUCUUGCAAUGGGGAAGCAAGCAAAAAUCAACAUAGGAACAAAAAUAAAGCUAUUUCCUGAUCAUCACCCAUGGCCAAAGGACAUAUCUGACGAUGAUCUGCUGCUGUUCGCCAGCAGAAUAAAAAUUCUCCGUAUCUUUGCAAAAAUACAUGGGUGCUUAGACUUUCCUACCAGUGACUGGGGUGCAAAAGUCCAGUUUCCUUCAUACCUUUCGAAACGGGCUCUGAGGCUAAUACACCUCUGCAAAGAGUGUGAAAUAAACUCAGCUAUGGAUAAUUUAAUCACGGAAAUAUUAAAUUCACCAACUUGAUUGUCAUCAUGUUCUAUGAAGAUACUAGCUUUAUUGCUGUAGGGCAUACCUAUUACUAUUUUGAAUUCUGUAUGUACAGAAAAUCAGGUUGAGCAAACAUUUUAUGUAUCCUUGGCCCAAAACAUGGUAAAAUAUCUAAUAUCUUCCUGCAUUAUCAAGAACAUACCCAGUUCUAAUUCCAAAUACCCUCCGAAAUAGAAGUGUUUCAGCUCAACAUCUCGAGCCAAUCAGCGAAAGAGCUAAAUAGUGUCAUGUGUGGAAAGGAGUUCUAGUGUGUAAGCAUGACUACUCCUUUUAAGAUGAGAGGGGUAUAAAAAUAACCUAAAUAAAUGUUACAGCAUUACUUUUAACCAGCAUAUUUCUGAGAAUUUUUUUUUAAAAAGUUACCUCUGUACUUUAAAAAUAAGAAGAGAUUUCUCAUUAAUAUCCUCAUAUUUUUGAGUAGUUGAGGCUACAAGAUUACUAGUGUGCCUUAAAUCAAUUGAGAUAAAACUGGACUAAGAUCUAAUCCACAGACUUCCUGCAGAGUCAGAUAUUCCUGUAAACUAACAUGCAAGUAGUAGGGCCUGGGGGCCUGCACUUACCUGCAAAACUGACCUGCUGCAGGGAAAAGGAAGCAAGUGGCACUGCACUAACAACCAACUACAGUGGUACCCCGGGUUACGAAUUUAAUUCGUUCCGCGGCGCCGUUCGUAACCCGAAAGAUUUCGC